AUGCGGGCUACUCUUCUUUCCUUACUGGGUGACGUGGAAAAGGCACCAUUGUGUGGUGUGGAGAACCUGGAGUUUGUUUUACUCUCUGAUCGGGAGAAAAAAUUAGAAGCCUUUUCACUUCCCAACCUUGAUAACUCAAGGAAGUCUGUCCCAAUUGUAGCGGAAGUUCCUUUUGCUACAGUUUCUAACAAGGCAGAUGAACCAGUUCCUGCUAGUAGUUUGGAAGUAGCAGAGGAACCACGUUCAACCUCAUAUGCAGUAGAAAUUUAUGUUUGUAAAGGCUUUAGUCAGGAGAUGUCUGCCGGUGCUUUUUCUGACAAGGCGUCUCUACUAUCAAGAACCUAUUUUGAUUUAGAAUUGGAUGGCACCAAGCGCGUUGACUUGCUAUUUUCAGAUAGGUCUUGUGUGGCAAAUAGGAGGGUGAUGUCUGUGUCAGUUGAGUCUGCGUUGUCAAAUUUAAGCCAGAUACAUCUUUCUCCUGAAAUUGCGCAUUGA